AUUCGUCUGAACAUUAUAAAAAAAAUCAAUUCGUCUGGAUUUGUUUAGUUUCCUCGAUAUUCCACUUCGCCUUUUCCUCUCCUGGCUUUAUAAAACCGGCGGCAUUAAACCCUCCCCACCUCUUCAUAUCCGCUUCCAGACACUUCUCCCGUCCCGUCCCGUCCCCAGCCAACCUCCCAUCUCCGUCUCGCGUCGCGGCGGCAGUUCCACUCCCUCGCCAUGGGCAAGAUUAAGAUCGGAAUCAACGGUUUCGGAAGGAUCGGGAGGCUCGUCGCCAGGGUAGCCCUCCAGAGCGACGAUGUCGAGCUCGUCGCCGUCAACGACCCCUUCAUCACCACCGAGUACAUGACCUACAUGUUCAAGUACGACACCGUUCACGGCCACUGGAAGCACAGUGACAUCAAGCUCAAGGACGACAAGACUCUGCUCUUUGGCGAGAAGCCAGUUACCGUCUUCGGCGUCAGGAACCCUGAGGAGAUCCCGUGGGGUGAGGCUGGUGCCGAUUACGUUGUGGAGUCCACCGGUGUCUUCACUGACAAGGACAAGGCCGCUGCUCACUUGAAGGGUGGUGCCAAGAAGGUGGUCAUCUCUGCCCCAAGCAAAGAUGCCCCUAUGUUUGUGGUUGGUGUCAACGAGGACAAGUACACCUCAGACGUUAACAUUGUCUCAAAUGCUAGCUGCACCACUAACUGCCUUGCUCCCCUAGCUAAGAUCAUUAAUGACAACUUCGGUAUUAUUGAGGGUUUGAUGACCACUGUUCAUGCCAUCACUGCCACACAGAAGACCGUUGAUGGUCCCUCGAGCAAGGACUGGAGAGGUGGCAGGGCCGCAAGCUUUAACAUCAUUCCCAGCAGCACUGGUGCUGCUAAGGCUGUUGGUAAGGUUCUUCCUGAGCUGAAUGGCAAGCUUACCGGUAUGUCUUUCCGGGUUCCCACUGUGGAUGUGUCAGUUGUUGAUCUCACUGUUAGAACCGAGAAGGCUGCAUCAUAUGAUGACAUCAAGAAGGCUAUCAAGGCUGCAUCUGAGGGGAAGCUCAAGGGGAUCAUGGGUUACGUUGAGGAGGAUUUGGUCUCCACCGACUUUGUUGGUGACAGCAGGUCGAGCAUCUUUGAUGCCAAGGCUGGAAUUGCUCUGAACGACCAUUUCGUCAAGCUUGUCUCGUGGUAUGACAACGAAUGGGGUUACAGCAACCGCGUUGUCGACCUGAUCCGCCACAUGGCCAAGACUCAGUAGAGUGCUCUGCUUUCCUUUGUGGCGCCUGGUCAGAGGUGUCCCUGCUUUGUCUAUGCGAAGAAUAAAUGUGGAUGGCGUCGCCAGACGACGCCUGGUUCAUGUUAGUUGGACAUGAGUUACCUUCUGUUUUCCGCAUCAACUAGUAUCUGUAAUGGAGUUGCUAAUCAAGUACUCUUUUUUGGUUGUGGUUUGUGAAGAAUAUAUAAAUCGUUCAGUCCAGUACUUGUGUUUGCCUUAAUAGAGAGAUAACUCUAUUAACUCUCUUA